ACUAUAUAUAUAAGUACAAAUAAAUAAGUACAAAGCCGGUUUUAGUGCCAGGUUAUGUUUCAAAAGAUAUUGUAUGACACUGAUACAUUUUUUUACUGAAAUUUUAAGUAAUAAUAUAUAUAAUAUGUAUAUUACACUAUGUAUUAUUCGAAUAAAAUUUUGUAAGACUAAGUAUCUAAGAUAGAUAAGGUUAAAUAAGGAAUUAAAAUAUAAUAAAUCAUUAUUCGUUUAAGAAAAAUGAAACGAUGAAAAGUAAUCACUAAAGGCGAAACAGUACUUUCACCAUUCCUCUACGUCUAUGGUCAGAAGAAUUUAAAUACGAGUAAACUGUCAACCGUCGACACGAAUGUCAGGUUACAUUGAAUACACGACUAUGUUUGAAUAUUAAUUCUCAAAUAAUUUUAGCCGUGUUUAAUAUUUCCACUUCAUAAAAUGUCACAAACACCAAAAGCCAAAAAAGAAACGAAAAGUGCUGCGACUCAAACCAGUAAAACUAAUACUGUGUUAGAAAUAGCAAAUUUGCAAGAACAAGUAAAGCUUCUUACAAUUGAAGUUCAGCAUUUAAGGAAAUAUAUUUUUAAAACUCCUGAAACAGUUACAAAAUCUAGAACCCCAAGUCCAGUAAAUCUUAGUAAUAUAGAUGAAUAUAAUCAAACAGUACAAGAUCAAAGUGCAUGGAAAAAAAAUACAAAGAUAAUACAGCAUGGUUGUAGUUGUAAAACAAAAUGUUCUUCCAAAAUUUGUGGUUGUGUAAAAAAAAAUAUUCAAUGUACAGAAUGGUGUAAAUGUAAUAAUAAUGUUUGUGUUAAUCAGAAACAUGAAAACAUAGAUCAAAACAAAGAAAAUUUAGAACAUAAUGAAUUAACACAUAAAAAUAUAGAAAAACCACAAGAAGGAAAUAAACAUGUAUUAAAUGUUAAUGUACAUAAAAGUCUGUUUAGUCCAGAUGUAACAAUGCAGGAGACAGAACCUAAUGUGGAGCAAUUUAGAUCUACAUCUUUAUACUUUGGCAAUCCAAAAAGAUUAACAUUUCAGGCAUCAGAUGAAGAACAGGAACUGAAAGAUAAAGAUAGAAAAUCAAAAAAUAAAACUACUCAAAAAAAGAAAAAUAGUAUUAAGAAAAACAAUCUUAAAGUAAAUAACUCUGAGACUAAUCAAAGGCAUAGAUCUACAUCUAAUGAAGACAUACAAAGAUCAGAUAAUAUAAAAAUAGAGAAAUAUGCAUUAAGAAAAUGUAUCUCUAGCGAUAUUCAGACAAACGAGGAAUUUAAACAAAUAAGCAAAUGUAAAGUUAAUUAUGUUCAAAACAUAAAACAUGGUAUGGUAUCUCUGAGACGUCCUCAGCAAAGAUCUAAAAAGGUUGAAGAAAUAGCAACCAGCAGUACUGUUGAUUCAAAAGAGGAAACAGAUUCUCCAUCAAUAGAAAAUAAUGCAGAAGAAAUGAUAAAAGAUAAAUCACUUGACAUAGACCAAGACAGUAAUGAUGAUUUUGAUCCUAUGAAACCUAAACGUGAACUAGCUAGAACACCAGUCCGUGAUAAUAGCAUAGAAACAAUACUUUGUAAUACUAUUGAUAAGUCAUUGGCUACGUCCAUUAUUUCCACAGAAGAAGAACCUGUCAUUCCCGCAGAAUUCAACUAUGCCCAAGUAGAUUGGGAAAAAUAUCAAGCUCAGCUUAUUGCAUGUAAUAAAUGCCAUAGAAAGUUCCAUCCAUUGAGAAUUAAGAAACAUGAAUCCUGCUGUAAAAAAAUGUGAUCUGUAAUUUUGACAUAUGGAUAUGUUUUCAAUUUUUAUAUUAACAUUUGCAGUAUAAGUAAACAACAUAUAAUUUUUUUAUAUUUACAAAUAUUAGACAGGUUUGAUAAUAAAAUAAAUUUCUUACAACUUUGGCCCAUUUAAUAUAAUUCUACUAUCAGAAUCUACUAUACAAUGUUUUUCAAAUAUCAACUAACAGUACAAUAAAACUACCUACAUACAAUAUUAUAUAUAUAUAUAUAUAAUUUUCAUAUAUAUAUAUAUAUGAAAAUUAUUGUAUGUAUACAUGUAUGUAAUUCCUAUGUGCGGGUGGGAAACGUAUACACGCAUAUACACAGAAUAACACGCAUAUGCACGCCUUCAAAGUCAUACAUACCAGUAUUCAACACUGGUUAUUAGAAUUUUCCACAUAUUUUCUAAGUUUUAUCUAUCGUACAUUUCUAUGUAAUUAAUAUUUUUUUCAUGUUUUUUUAUACAUCUCUAUGUAUGUACAAUUUGGGGUCAAAUUAUAUAAUGCACAUAUGCUUCAUUGAUAGUAGAUUUGCGAAAAGACUAAUUUAAAACAUUAAUUUAUGUCACAUUGUAAAAUUAGCAAUGGUUUGCUUUUUUCUAAUGCUUAAGAAGAUAUAAUUUGGUACAUUAUAACAAAAUGGUAUUUUUUUACAGUCUCUUGAAAAGUUAUAUGAUCAUUAUGUGUAUAUUAAAUAAUGUUUCUUUUAUUAAAUUAGCAUAAAAAUGAAAGUAUAAGAGCAAAUUGUAUUGCAUAAUUGUAUUGUAAGAUAAAAUCAUUGUACAUACAUAAGAAAAAAGCAAUAUUGCUGAAAGUUAUGAAAUUAAUUUUAUUUUCGUAUUACAUAGCGAUAAUCAAAUUUAACCGAUAAUAUGUUUCGAUACUCUAAUAUGUGAUUACAUAUAAGUAUAAUGCUUAAUUUCUCUUUUUUAGAUAUGAUGUAGAGUAUAAACAGCAUAAAUUCGAGUACAUUUCGAAAUAGAGCGUAGUUCUGAUAUCUUGUAAUAAAAUACACAAACACCAACAAAUAUGAUUAAAUAUAAUACUGCUCCAAAUAUAAAAUAAAAUUUCGUAUAACCGAAGCAAACUUAAGAAGCACCCAAUAUGUGUGUGACUAGAAAUUAUACUUAUUUUUCUACAUGAUGAAGUGAUCACUUAUUUCAAUUGUACAUAAUUAUAUAGAUUGUAAUCCUCUUGAUAAAAUAAUACAUUUUUCAAUAAUAUGA